AUGGCGGAGGAAAUUGCAACGGCUGUUGGUAAUAUAUUUAUUGAUGAAUCAGAUCACAAAAGUCAAAGUGCAAGAUUAAAAGCAUUACUGCAGUCAAUAUUGAGUUCUGGCAAUAACGAGAGAGACAUCAGUAGUAAUGUUAGCCGUAUAGCGGAAGCUGUUGUCAAUAAAGAGACUGUCUCAAUGGUAGUAUCUAGACAAUUCGUUACUGACAUAGUAGCGGCGCUGGAUGAUUUGAAGCCAUGUCUUGUCAAAGAAGUCGCUAAAGCUUUGCUGAAUAUUGUGCAAUCACGCCUAAUUUCUUACGAGGAACAAGUAACACAGUUACGUUUUCGACUUGCAGACUUAUACGAAGGCGAUGGUGAUAGUGGCGAAGCAGCGAAAAUACUUAUGGCUAUACCUCUGGAGACAGGACAAAGGACGUACCCUCCAGAAUUGAAAAUGCGUACAUACUUAAGGAUAGCGCAGUUAGCUUUGGACUAUAAAAAUUCAGAAGAAGCAGAAAGUUUUGUUAAUCGUGCCUCGAUGUUGUUCAACGAUGUUUCAAAAGAUGACGAGUUAAUUGUGAUAUUCAAAUCUUUAUACGCGAAAGUGUUGGAUCAUCGAAAUAAAUUUAUUGAAGCUGCACAGCGGUACUAUGAUCUUUCGUUAUUCCAAAAUAUGUUGACUACCUCCGAGAAAUUGCAAGCACUUACGAAUGCCAUUUCUUGCACAGUUUUGGCUUCACCAGGUGCGCAACGAUCUCGUAUGUUAACAACAUUGCAUAAAGAUGAACGCUGUUCUAGCUUAGCAGCAUAUGGUAUAUUGCAAAAAAUGUAUUUUGAAAGGCUCAUUCGAAAUGAUGAGGUGAUGGAAUUUGAGAAAUCGUUAUCUUUGCACCAGCGAGUUACUCAUGGUGGUUGGAGUCUUCUGCAACGAGCCGUCAUUGAGCACAAUUUUACUGCAGUUAGCAAAAUUUUCGCCAAUAUCACAUUUGAACAGCUUGCUAAACUUCUCGACAUUGAUCGUAGACAGGCAGAGAAAAUGGCAUGGCAAAUUAUCGCUGAUGGACGUGUUGGAGGCAUCAUCGACCAGGUCGACGGAAUUGUACAUUUUACUCAUGCCGUGGAUGAAGAUGCGAUAGCGACAAAGGAUGCUUUAGCAGAAUGGGAUCAACAUAUUGCUGAGUUGUGUCAAAAUGUGAACAUUGUCACGGAUAUGAUCAUUCAAAAGCACACACUAUGGGUAGAUUCGCGUAAACCUGCGGCUUAA